AAAUGAAAAAGCGAAAUGAAAUGAGAUUCUCUUCGCUCUGACCACUGAGGUGACUCGUCACCAUUCAUCACGCUUCACAACUUCUCAGUCGGCGACUUCGUUAUUCAUUUGUGCUUAGAGUGAAAAUCAUUAAGUUGUAAGAAACAUGGGAAAAGACUCAAAGCCAAAGGAAUCAGGAGGGAAGGGAAAGGGAAAACAGGCAGCAAGUGGAAGUGAUGAGAAUGCUUCUAAGGGAAAAGGAAAAGGUGGGAAAGGUGGAGAUUCACUUGGUACUUGCACCUAUGUCAAAGCAAGGCAUGUUUUAUGUGAGAAACAAGGUAAGAUUAAUGAAGCCUACAAGAAGCUGCAGGAUGGUUGGCUUAGCAACGGAGAUAAGGUCCCACCAGCUGAGUUUGCAAAGGUAGCUCAAGAGUAUUCUGAAUGUCCUUCAGGAAAGAAAGGCGGAGACCUUGGAUGGUUUCCCCGAGGAAAGAUGGCUGGACCAUUUCAGGAUGUUGCCUUCAGUACACCUAUUGGAGCUACUAGCGCUCCUUUCAAAUCAACGUAUUCUCUUGGACUCUUAAGUGUUGUUAUCUUGAUUCCUUAUAAUUAUUACAUGAGCAUCCAUGCCCCUUCUCUUCUCCAUUUAGGCAGAAGUGCUAAUGUUUGCUUGAAUGAUGAUGCAGGCAUGGUUACCAUAUCAUCUUAUGUGAAGGAAGAAAGAACUAAUACCUGAAUAAGAACGAAACUGAAUCUGUAUCUGUGGCAUUAUAGCACUUGACUGUGGUUUGAUUAAAUGAUUUGCUUCCUUUCCUUUUGUGAUUGUGGUUAAUGAUGUAAACCUGCAGUUUCUAACAUGCAUGUUGAUCUUGCUCUCUAAUACUUCAACAAUCCAAAGCAUAUAAAUGAAUGUGGAUGCUUUUACUACAUUUGUAGGCUGUAGCAUUUAUUACUGUUAUCCUAUUAAAGUAAAGCGCUAAUUUCACCUU